AUGAAUUCUGGAGAUUACAACUCCAUAAAUCUUGAUGAAGUUGAAUUCGUCAUCGACGAAACACAAAGUGAUCCAUUCCAGGAUCAUAGUUCAUAUGUAGAGUUUGAAGACAUUUCAACCGAUUUCGGUAAUCCGGAAGGAGGUUUUGCUAGUAGAGAGGACAUGGAUGCUCAUGUAAGAUAUGUUGCUGGCUUGAGGAACGUUACUUUGGCAAUUCGUGAUUCGAAGGGAAAAGACGGCCGACGGCCCAAAGUUCGAUAUUUAUGUAGCCAAGGUGGCGGAUACAGACCAAAAAAGGUUACUGGAACUAGGUCCACUAAAACGACAAAAAAUAAUUGUCCAUUUUGGUUGGACGGAAUGGAGUACCCUGGAGGGCGCUGGUACUUUGAAGUCCGGGAGGGGAGACACAACCAUCCAUUCCCGUCUCAUGCUGUGGGAUCUCGUUUAGGUAAAAUAUCCCCUAUUCAACUUGAAGUUAUUAGGGAGCAAGAGAAUUUUAAUUUAAGCCCGAGUAAUAUGUUGGCGUCCAUGAAAAGGGCUGAUCCGGAGAACAAAUCGUGUCAGAAACAAGUUUACAAUGCUGUCAGUAAGGUGCGUGCCCAGAAAAGAGAAGGUCGGACCCCGAUGAAUAAUUUCAUCCAUUUACUCAGGCAAUUGAACUACAUGUACGACGUUCGGACUGCUGAUGAAUCUUCCGAACUUGGAGAUAUUGUUUUCUGCCACCCGGCUUCUUUUGUGAUGGUGAAUGCAUAUCCGGAAGUCAUGAUGAUUGAUUGUACGUACAACACCAAUGAGUAUGACAUGCCUCUACUAGAAGUGGUCGGUGCAACAAGUACGGACAAAACGUUCACUAUCGCCUACGCAUUCAUGCGAAAUGAGAGACAAGAAAACUACAGGUUUGUGUCUUAA